AUGACCAAUUCUUCUCAACCUCUCCAAGAUUGGUGCGAGAAGGAAUGGAAAGCUUAUGGCAGACACUGCUAUAGAUUUGAGUCCCAGACAGACUCGAACAAGCAAGCGAGGGACUGGUACGGAGCACGUGACUGGUGCGAGCAACGUCAAUCAGACUUGGUUACCAUAGAAACCAAUGAUGAGAAUGAGUGGCUCUUCACAGAAGUUGGCAAUAGACAGUGGCAUAGUUUCUGGAUUGGUUACACUGACAUGCGCAAGGAAGGYGAGUGGGUGUGGCAGAGUGGUAGRAAUUCCACCUUUGUUGCCUGGAAAGAAGGAGAACCAAACAAUGCUGGUAARGGUGAAGACUGCGCCAAAAUGUACUUCACAUCAGCGAAAUGGGAGGAUGAAAACUGUCGUGCAAGAAAUGGAUUCAUUUGUGAAAAGAAACAAAAAAAAAAAGGCAUCAGGAAUUGUCCGUACGACAAGGAUGUCUGCUCAUGUAAGGUGGACGCCAGGCUCAAGACAGUACGAUGCGGCAGCGACGCAAAAUUUGAAUACAAAAAAACGCCAAAUUUUCCUGAUUUUACCAAAAGACUAUACAUCCGAGGAGUCAAAGGACUCUACCUGUUCAAUGACUCAUUCGCGCAUCUAAAAGAACUCGAAAUUUUGGAUUUGGGUGAUACCGGGAUCUUUGCGUACCUCGCUGGUGACCKAUUCAGAGUCGUGGAGUUCCCUGAAGGUCUUUUCGAUCAACAAACAAAGCUAAAGCAACUGUUCCUUACAAACAUGAGACUGGAUCGUUUGACCAGCAACAAACUGACUUCCCUCGUCAGCUUYGAAGAUUUAUACAUCAAUUCAGAUCAAAUCAAAACGAUCAUGCCAGGUGCAUUUCAUGGUCUAGGAGCGCUACGUAAAGUGUUUGUUAAUAAAGGCCAAGUCACCCAAAUUCCUGCUCCAUUGCAGUAUGUUCCAUUAGGGGAAUCCAGCACAAUGCUGUGUCCUAAAGGUUCUCCAUGCUACGUGAACUGUAUCUCUCCAGCAUCCCUCAAUUACCCAAGAGAAUACCUAGAGGACCUUCAACCCGAGGAGUUUACCUUGAGAUUCUUUGAUUACGAUCUUGCAAACUUAGAACAAGAUAUCCCGAAAUGGUCAGCAUUAAAGAAAGUUAUUGUACAUGCUGACAGCCUUCGUCUUGAGAGUAACUUGAUCGUGAAUUAUCAGCUAGUGUUGAUCGCUAGAGAACUUUACAUCAAACCUGGUGUGGAUUUCUUUCUACCGGUUGGUCCAGACACUCAGACAAUAGACUUCUACCCGUGUGGCGCAUCAAAGACUGACGUCAUUCUACAAACAUCAAAAGUCAUUAGUCACAAUUACUGUCCCAAGAUUCCUAUCGACCCCAACUUUGCCAAGGCUAUGAUCACGUGCGUGAAGGAGCACGCGCAGUUGAACAACCAAGUAAUUCCAGAUAAGACAUUAUAUGACAUGUUAUCCCACAUUGUUAACGUGACAAGAACACAUAAACAACAGGKAUACAUCUUCAAUGAAGCACURCAGCUGAGAGAGACUGUUAGCAACAGGGAUCCCAACGAGGUUGCUGUCCCCUUCUUGUCAUUAAAAUCACACGAUAAGAUCCUCGGACUAUACCAAGGCUACGCUGAAAACUUUGACAAAGAGUUAGACAUAGUUGUGGGAAAAUUAAACCAACGUGAAGAGAUUAAAAAGAUUCUCCAAGGACAAACUAUCGUCAUCGUAGAGAUGAGAAAGGGUGAGCUACAAGCCCUGGAGCGAUCUAAGAAAGAAACUGCAGGCCUCAUUGAACUUUCAAACAAUGCUGUAAAAGAAUCAGGUCAACAGUGGAAGACAUCAGCUAGAGCAGUCAACGGAUUCUACGCGAAAUACCAACAAGAGAUAAAAAAUCUCAAUUUCAGAAGAGUGGAAUUUGAAGGCGGCAUUAAGCAGCAUUUUAAAGAAGAGAUUGCAGUWGGAGUUGUGAACGUGCUGGGAGCUGUCGGAUCGGUAUUUUUUGGAGGGUUUGACCUUGAAACCAUUAAAGAUGCGGCUGAAAGUUCUGUMAAACUAAAAAGACUUGCAAGGGUUAUAAAACGACUAACKAAGAUCACUCAUGUGGCCACCAAGCUCACCGAGAURUUCGAACAAACCUACCCUCUGGUACAACUAUCGAUAGACGCCUCGGACAAACCCUGGGAACUAGGAGGUCUUACACUAGAGGACUGGGCAGGUUCUGACCCCGCCCAAAAGACAACAGCCGURGAUGUCCUUCAAUGGGACGAACUAYCAAUCACGGCUGAUGCAUACAUGGGAGUUGGYAUUAUAGCGACCGUGUUUGGUUCUGAAGAGUACCGUAUUGCGCUCUCCAAGACAGCCCUAUGGGGCAAGGCUUACACGUCCGCCAUCUUGGAAACCAGGGACUUGUUUGAGAGCUUUGUAUUGCAAGUCAACAAAAGAACAUUUUACAAAGAACAGUUAAAACGCAUCGAGAAAGAAAUCGCAGAAACGAAAAAAGAGAUUCAAGACCUAACGAYUGGUAAAAAGAUCGACUUGGAAAAAGCCAAGACAGAAGUGACUAGAAUCUUUGACAAUCUUGCAGUUAUCAAACUACAGCGUUUUAARGUGAUGAUGUCCAUCAACACAGCUUUAUCGUCCUUCUGUAAAGCAUACUACUACYCUUAUUUCGAAGAGUGUGGGUCGACAUUUGAGCCUAGUUUUGGUAGUGACUUGAAGGUCUUAUUAACCAAGAUACAAGAAGCAAGAAAYAGAGCAGCAGUAAACAAGGGAAAGUUUGCACCUUACACACCGUCCCGGUUUACCAAGACGAAAGUUCUAGAGAAUUCAGUCUCUUCUAACUGUAGUAUGUAUAGAGACUGUCCGAUAAAAUUCCUUAAGGAAGACAGUCUCAUGAUAUUCGACAUUUCAACAAACGAUGCUCGGUUUAGAGGCUCAGAGAGAGUAAGAGUUGAUGAAAUUCAGGUUUACAUCAAAGGAGCCAAGACGACUUCUGGGGACCUCAGCGUAUGGAUAGAAAACGUCGGGAAACUGAGAGAUCGAUACAACGGCAAAGACUACUACUUCUCGUCGGUACCACUAACAAAACGAUUCAAGUACAACCUGAACACUGGUAAAAUUGAAACGCACGCAAACAUCAACACAGACGAGAAGUCCUAUACCGCAACAACUCCGUUCACCGUCUGGACCGURACCGUACUGCCUACGGAAAACCCAGGACUGGAUCUGAGUAACGUUACUCGUGUGGAAGUCGUAUUCAAAGGAACAAGUAUCGAAAAGAAAGUCGUCGAAUAGAAUUAAAUUCUACAUUGAGGGAUGUAACAAAUAAUAUAACGUACAAUAAAUGCGAUUUACG